AUGUUUUCUAAACUAGGACUGUUUGUAUUAACUCUAAAACUAUUCAACACAGUCGCAGCUUCUGGAAGAAUUAAGGAAGUAAAUAGUCCGAAGGGGAAAAGCCGCGCAGAUGCAUCGGAGAGACGGGUAAAAAACCAAGAAUUGUUAUUCUGUGAGUCAUCGACAACAUAUAAAGGGAACUAGGUUGAUAUUUAGUGCUUAGCCGUGCCUGGGUAUUACAAUAUUUUGCGGUCUUUCUGGUCUCAGUUUUAUUUCACACAAAGAUCGACGCAAACAGCCCAUUGUCAACCGGGUACCGACUGAACAGGCAAUUCAAUAAGUCGUUUAUCAAGUGGUCGUGAGCUGAUGACCAGUCAAAAUGUACAAUAACUACUAAACAUAUCGGACAACAGUUAGUGUAAGUUGUUGCCGAAUUUUGUUUGGCCGAUGACUAUAAUCAAAGUAACAGGCGACACCUCAUUCGGCUAGUAUCUUACCAGUUGAUAUCAGGGUAACUUAUCCUUUUGAAUCGUUCUCGUAACUAUCAAUGAUCUGAAGAAUCGUGUUGUUCAGCGACAAAUGAACUGCUGACUCGACAGCACUUGAAGAGCUACAUUCGCCUUAAAAAUUCUCCUUUGAAUGAUGCUGUACUAUUUACUAUUCAGUUUACCAUGCAUGCAAUACUCACUAUUUCUCUACAUUUCCUUUUUAGCAAUUUAUAUUGCACAUGCCGUCACCUUGGCAUUAUCGCGCAAUGGUAGAGGCUGGGACCGACGAAUGCAAUGUGAACAAAGAUUGUCCAGCCGGGAAGUUUUGUGACGUUCAUACAUGCAGGGCAUGUCUGCACGAAAGAGCAGCCUGUCAUUUCAUUGGUAAGGAAAUACUAGUUGAAGAUGAUUUUACGCUAUUUCCAACUAAAGAAAUCGUUUUUUUCUUUAAGGAACCUGCUGUGAGGGAUACGCUUGUCAAUAUGGCCAAUGCACUAAGGGCGUAGAGCAAGGGGAGCCUGGUACGUAUUGCGACAGGACUUCGGAUUGUCUCGGUAAAGAAUCGUGCUGUAUUCGGGAGAUUUCCGUCAAUCCACACACGUCCAUGUGCAAGCCAAUGCUAGAUGAGUUUGAGUCGUGUGGCCCAAUCAAUUUGUUCCACCAUGUAUACACAGGUGGUAUGGUGGAACCAGAUUGCGGACCUUGUAAAGUUGGACUCCAAUGUAAGAAUGUUGGGUAAGUUCAAUUUGUAUCGCAUUACUACCAACAGGAUAAAGUUUUGUUUAAGAAGACGUUCGUAUGUACCGUUCGAUAUAAAUAAUUUGGAAUAAAAAUCGCUAAGCAUGAAAAAUAACCGUGUGAAGCUUUUGUUUUCUGAUUUGUUUCUUACUUUCUUUGUUUGGGGUUGAAUUCUUUAUUUGUGCAUGUUAUUCUUAUACAGAAAAAAAUUUCUUGAGAAGUGAUUACAUUUAAAACAUAUCUUGUUAAAACCAAAUCGCUGGAAAUAAACUUCACCUCCCUUCUUACUGUGUCUUUUUUCUUUUCUCACAGAAUUAAUGGCCUUCACUUUAUUUGCCUCAAAGAGGAGGAGGAAUAGCGCAGAUCAGAUCUUUUUU